AAUUUUACAAUCUCAGAAUCCUAAAACAAGCUGACCAAGGAAAUAAUUUAAAUACACAUAUACGUUUUAUUAUCCUUUCAAGCAUUAUUACUAGUAGUGGUAGUUUUACGUGAUAAUUCACAUUGGGAGCCAUCUGUCCAGGAAGCCCUAAGCAACUGAGAUCAUGGGAGACUGGGGGUUUCUCUCUGCUUUACUGGACAAGGUGCAGUCCCACUCCACUGUCAUUGGCAAAAUAUGGAUGACCGUCCUCUUCAUAUUCAGAAUCCUGGUUUUGGGAGCUGGAGCUGAGAACGUUUGGGGUGACGAGCGAUCUAACUUAGUAUGCAACACUGAAACACCUGGUUGUGAGAACGUGUGCUAUGACUGGAAGUUCCCCAUCUCACAUGUUCGCUUCUGGGUGAUGCAGAUCAUUUUCAUAUCUACUCCAACGUUGGUGUAUCUGGGCCACGUGGUGCACAUCAUUCACCAAGAGAACAAACUGAGAGAAGAGCUGAAAAGGAACCCAACAGCAAAGUCACCGAAAUACUCGAAUGAAAAGGGCAAAGUCGUAAUUAAAGGCAGCAUGCUGGGUAGCUACUUGACUCAACUGUUUAUUAAGAUCAUAUUAGAAAUUGCUUUUAUUGUUGGACAGUAUUAUCUCUAUGGAUUUAUCAUGGAGCAUAAGUUCCAUUGUGAACAAUUACCCUGUACGGUUGUGACUGAAUGUUUCAUGUCUAGACCCACAGAGAAAACCAUCUUCAUUAUUUUUAUGCUGGUUGUAGCAUGCGUGUCUCUGGCUUUAAAUGUUCUAGAAAUAUUCUAUUUGCUUUGUAAGAGGAUAACUGGGAAAAAACAGAAAUACAGGGAGAUAAUGUAUGCUCAUGAUACCAGAUAUCCUUCACCGUUUUCCGUAGAACUUGAUCCUGUUAAAGGAAUGAGACACAGUGAGCUAAACAUGGCCCUUCAAAACAGGUGGGACCAAAGCAAAGGCGGCCAUAACACGGCCAAAUCUCAGCUUUAGAGUCAGAUAUCAUUAAGAAGUUCUGGGAAAAUACAUACUACCAAUGUAAUCAACAUUAACAGUAAUAAAAAGGUAAAACUUAGCCUAUACAGAAUUUCACUUUUGUUAAUUGUACACUAGAAGACGCUGUAAUUUUUUAAUUUGCACAAACUCUCCUGUUACUAAAAGGCCAGUGAUUUCUCUUUCUCUCUGCAUCUUAAUACGUUAAUAUACAGUGUAUAUAUAUAUAUAUAUAUAUAUAUAUAUAUAUAUAUAUAUAUAUAUAUACAGUAUAUAUAAAAAACCUAAUUAAAUAAAUAACGCAAGGAACAUGCGUAACUAUUAUUACACUAUUACCCUGCAUUUAUUGUUAAACAUAGAAAAACUAACAUAUUUUGUGCUCUCACCAAGAAUAAACAUUGAGAUAAAUAUGCAUAUGAUGAAUGACUGAUAUAUGAUCUAAUGAUUAUCUAUCAAUGUAUGCCAAAUAAAUUUUGAUUUAAUUUGCUUUUAAUUGUAUAAGGACUAAGAUCAGUGGAAGUGAAAAGAGAACAAUCAUAAAGAGAUUUUAGUAGGACUAAUAUGUUGGUCUAUUUUUAUUUUUAUUUUUGUAAAGAACUUCAAUGCAAGCAGAAGCAUAGUGUCACAGUCACAGUCACUGUGUUUCCUAGGACUCUUAUUUUGAAGUGGGUUAUGGUUUUCUGUUUCCCCCAGACUACGUUUCCCAGAAUGCACUGCCCUCAUCACUGCCAUCUGUUCCUCAUCACAGUAAAAUACAUGGGUGUCUAAAUAUAGAUUUAUUAAUAGGACUGUAUGGUAUGUAAUUCAUAGAAGAUUUUUAUUUAUUUUUUCUUUCAGAUUAAACAGUUUUACUGGGAUUGUA